UCGGCACAACACAAUCGGAAAACUACACCAGCUCUAGGGAAACUACAGCGAUUAAAUAAACACGUGCCAAAUGUCUGGAUUUGUAAAGCGUCGACGGGCUUUAAACAUACACGGCACCCGCCUAUCAGUUCACACGGGACAGUCAGUAACUUCUUCAGGAAACCCCUCACUAGACCAUAUUUUUGGAGAUGGGUUUCCCAUCGGUUCCAUCAUAGGUAUCGAAGAAGACAUACAUGGAAGCUAUGCAAGGGUGUUAUCGAAAUAUUUUCUCGCAGAAGGAAUCGUAAACAAGCAUCCGCUGUUGGUAGGGACGAUAGAAGAAAAUCCAACACACUUAAUCGAAAAAUUACCAAAACCUGUUCAAGCCAAUGCAUUGUCCGAAGGUGGCACCGAGCAAGAACCAGAAACCAUGCGCAUUGCUUUUCGAUACAAUCAGCUAGCUCCAGUAGAUUCCGAACAGAAAUCAUCGACGGCCCUUGGACACUAUUUUGACCUCACCAAAACAAUAAGUUCCACUACGAUACUUGCACAAGAUAUAACAUAUUGGAACGGAGAUGAAGUGCACGAAAAUGAUACAGGAUUUGUGGGUUCAUUCAAGAAUCCACACUUCGCAUCGCUUUUGUCCUGCAUCCAUCGAAAAGCAAGUGAACACCAGUUUAAUUCCAAUUUCGACGAGAGCGCAAAAAAUGUACUACGAAUUUGUUUAAACUCAAUCGGCUCUCCGUCGUGGUACGAGAAGAAUUUUGCUGACGAUUUUCUACGAUUCAUCGUCUUACUGAAAGCCAUCGUACGAAACACGCUGUCGGUUUGUUUGAUAACCGUGCCGUUCCAUCUGUUACGUCACCUGGACGACAUCAACCUAUGCAAAAAAGUGCGAAAUCUAUUUGAUUUUUCCUUCGAGCUGGAAGCUUUUGCCGGGCAAAUGGAAGAACAUGCGAAUCCUGUCUUUAAAGAGUACCACGGUUUGUUGAACAUUACCAAAAUAGCACCAUUUAAUAGCUUGGCUUCAUUUCACCCUAAAACACGCGAUCUAGCGUUCAAGCUAAAACGGAGCAAGUUCGUAAUAGAAAAGUUACAUCUUCCACCGGAUAUUGCAGAUGACGAUAGUCGCACUGUAAACCCUGCUCCGACACUUAGUUGCGCUGGUGGCGGAAUGAAAAGCAAGCUGGAUUUUUAGUUGUCAUGAAGACGAUGUUCUCGAUGGACUAUGCAUACCGGUAACAAAUAGAAACAGUUGGUCUAAUUUCUAUGAACACACUAUUAUUGGGUUUAUUCGCGCUUAUCGUAUAUAAGUUUUAAAAUGUGCCUUUAAAAUUUGGGUGCUUAAACUAGGUAACUUUUGGAGAUCUGAUAAUAGUGAGAGUUGUUAUUAAAAGCCAAAUCUGGACGUUGUUUGGUAUACUCCUUUGGUUGUAUGUACGUUUCCCGGAUGGUUGGUACGGAAAUGGGUGAGGGCAGUUCGUGCUCGUAAAUGUUAUCCCGUACACGACGAUUCGCUGGUACUGCUGGGAUUGGUAUGUGCGGCAAUGGAUGCGUACGCAAUAUUUGUGUGACAUGGUUUUUACGCGGUAGCUUUGUACAACUCAAAAUAAUGCUGAGCAGGACACAAAAUUCAACCACUGCUACAAUUAAUCCAGCGCAAAGAAACAAAAAGUAUUGUUCACGGUACCACAGUUCAAUCUUAUGCAGGCAACCCUAGAUGAGCGGAUAUAGGAAGUCAAAAAUGGGAGUUUAUUAUCAAUGUAAACGCAGGGAGUUUGCUUUUUUUUUACUAAACUCACAUCCAGAUGGCGACUUUUUUCAUAAUCCUGCGUCUGUAGUGCCUGACAAAGCGUCAGGUUUACCGGCACCGGGUCCAGAUACGCCGUAAAUUCGAACCGAUUCACUAACUUGCAGCAGGUUAAAGGAACGGUCAGCUCUUU